GCGCGGUAGGAGGAAGAGAGCGGGCGCGAUGGAAAUAGUUGCGCGGGGAGCAGCAGAGGUGGCGCGUGGAAAGGAAGAAGAUAGUCGCGCGGAGACGGAUGAAACGCGUCGGGAAGAUGGUAGGAGAAGUAGAGGAAAGGUAGAAGGGGAAGAAGAAGAAGGAGAAGGAGAAGAAGAAGGAGAAGAAGGAGAAGAAGAAGAAGAAGAAGUAGGAGGGAAGGAGGAGGAGACAACGAACGAGAAGGAGAAGGAAAUGGCAGGAGACAAGGAUGAGCGUGGGGAGGAAGAAAAAGCAACCGCGCAAACGCAGCGCGGCUCGGGAGAGAAUGCGCGCGGACAGAAGAGCACGCAGGGCGGAAAUGGAACGCGCGAGAAAGAAGAUCGUUGCGCAGCAGGAGAUGGCCGCACAGUGCAAGCAGGAUGGCGCGCGGGGAGCAUCGAAGAGAUUGUGCAGAGGAAGCAGUGAAGUGGCGGAGAGCGAGAGGAGGAGUGCUAGAAAGGAGGAGAAGAAGCGCGAAGGAGAAAAAGAAGAAGAAGAAGAAAAAGAAGGAGAAGAAGAAGAAGAAGAAGGAAGAGGAAGAGGAAAGAAGUAGGAGAAGGAGAGAGGGGGAGGGGAGCAGAUACUUACCUGACACGCGA